AUGGGUAUUUUGUUUGCUGCUGCUUUUGGUCGGAACAAUUCUAUGCUUCUCUCAACUGCAGCACGAAGAUCCACUGAAGAACCUUCCUCCUGCAGCAGCAGCAGCAGCAGCAGCAGCAGCAGCAGCAGCAACAGCAGCAAGAGCAGCAGAAGCAGAAGCAAGAGCAGCAGAAGUACAAGUAGCAGCAGCAGCACCAAAAGCAGCAGCAAAAGCAACAGCAAAAGCAACAGCAAAAGCAGCAGUAAUAGCACCAUCAGCAGAAGCAGCAAUGACAGCAGUAGAGGCAGCAGCAGAAACAGAAGCAGCAGCCGCAGAAGCAGCAGCAGCAGCAGCCGAAGUAGUAAUAGCAGCAGCAUCCUCAGCAGCAUCCGCAGCAGCAUCCGCAGCAGCAGCAGCAACAGCAGCAGCAGCAACAGCAGCAUCCGCAGCAGCAGCAGCAACAGCAGCAGCAUCCGCAGCAGCAGCAGCAACAGCAGCAGCAGCAUCCGCAGCACCACCAGCAGCAGCAGCAGCAGCAUCAACAACAGCAGCAACAGCAGCAGCAGCAGCAGCAUCAACAGCAGCAGCAGCAGCAGCAAGGGAAGGAAGCAAAAGAGCAGCAAGAUGUCUAUCUUACAUUUUUAG